CCCGCGGAAUUGCUCGUCUCGAGUGAUGCGACUGGAUGCUGUGAAUCUGAUGUAAAGAAAAUAUAAAUAUACACUAAUUAAGAUGAUGAGAAUCGACGCGGAUUCAUGAUGAGGGAAAGAAACGAUCCGAGGAGGAGAAGAAGAAGCGCGUUGAUGUGAAGAGAAGAAACCUGACAGAAACACGACGACUUUGAUCUGACACAAAGAGGGCAAAUGGUGUACUUCCUGUCCGCGGGGGGGAUAAAGCCCUCGUUCCACUCCGCCGUCCUCUUCAACCCCGCCAUCAACUACUCCGACAGGAAUGAUUCCUCCACACCGACACCCAUCGUCUGCCGUCUGGACGACUCCUCGCCUACUCCCUUCCCGCAGAGCAAUGUCUCGCUGACGUCGUACGACCUUUCACCGGCAGAGGUCACGAUCCUCGGCCUCGUGUUCGGGGUGUUCUGGGUAAUAUCGGUGCUGGGGAACUCGCUGGUGUGUUUGGUGAUCCAUCGGAGCCGGAGAACCCAGUCAACCACUAACUAUUUUGUCGUGUCUAUGGCAUGUGCGGAUCUGCUGUUGAGCCUAGCCUGCGCACCGCUAGUUCUCCUGCAGGUUUCUACCGGUCACUGGCCUCUGACCGCGGCCGCGUGCAAAGCUGUACGAUACUUGCAGCAUCUGUGCCCCAGCGUCCAGGUCUACGUGCUUCUGUCCAUCUGCGUGGAUCGCUUCUACACCAUCGUGUAUCCGUUGAGUUUUAAAGUGUCGCGUGAGAAAGCCAAACGAAUGAUUCUGGCGUCUUGGCUCUUUGACGCCGCGUUAAUAUCGCCGUCUUUGUUAUUCUACGGAUCAUCAGCAUCGCAAAACCACUGCGAAUUCUUUCUGGCGGACAGCUGGGACGGGUUGGCGUACGCCAUCGCGCAUCUUCUCUUUGGUUUCUUGGUGCCGGCACUGCUAAUCGUGUCCUUCUACCAGCGGGUGGUGCGCUACAUCUGGAGGAUUAGCGCUGACGGGCGAACGGUGCGCAGGACCAUGAACAUCGUCCCCAGGACUAAAGUUAAAACCAUUAAGAUGUUCCUGAUGCUCAACGCUGUGUUUCUCCUCACCUGGACGCCGUUUUACGUUGCACAGCUUUGGCACCCGAAGGAAACGGCGGGCCCGAGCAGACAGUCGGCGCUGUUUUUCAUAACCGUGGCCUGGAUCUCCUUCAGCUCCACGGCGUCCAAACCCACGCUGUACUCCGUGUACAACGCCAACUUCAGACGCGGCAUGCGCGAGACGUUCUGCAUGUCAUCUAUGAAGUGUUACCGUAGUAACGCAUACACCAUCACCGCCAGCUCGCGGAUCGCUAAAAAGAACUACGUGGGUGUCAUCGAUCUGCCCCCGCCGGCAAAGAUGCUCAUCAAAGACUCGGUUUAUGAUACUUUUGACCGCGAAGCAAAGGAGAAGAAGUUAGCAUGGCCUAUUAGCUCUAACCCACCCAACACGUUUGUAUAAAGGCUCAGAAAUGUAUAACGUUAAAGAGAUAGCUUGCACAAAAAUUACGAAACUGUCAUCAUUUACUCAACCUCAAGUCGUUUCAAUCCUGUAUGAGUUGAUUUCUUAGGGGCCAUUCACACAGAAGGUGUUUUUUUCAUUGCUUUAGGCUACUUUUUCCUUGUUUUUAAACACAUGCUAGAUGGACGUGCAUGACUCGUGUCUCGCACAUGAGCGCCGCGUUUUUAAUAUGCUGUGUAAAGUUACAAUAAUUUACAUUUUUACAUGCAGCACCCGCCGCUCAUAAAUGUCAGUUCCAAAACAGUGGACCAAUCAGAAGAGUGUGGAGGUGGGGCAAGCGUUUUAAGCUUUUGUUUACAGUAGCAAGUUGGCAUGGCAACUGUUUUAUUUGACUGCAACGUGACGGAAGAGGCAUCAAGUAAAAAACAUUCCUGAGCGCUCACGAUUUUAGACACAAAUAAACACGUUCUGUGGGAUAUUUUAAAGAAUGUUGGUAGCCAAACAGGUGAUGGGUCCCCAUUGACUUCCAUCAUGUUUUUUUCAUACUAUGGAAGUCAAUGGGUUCGAAUUAUUUGGUUACCAGCGUUCUUCAAAAUCUGUUCUUUUGUGUUCAACAGAAGAAACUCAUAAACAAUUGAAACGACUUUAGGAUGAGUAAACAAUGACAAAAUGCAAAUUUUUGGGUGAAUGUUUUCUUUAACUCAUUAUAAUGAUGUGUGAGUGAGUAAACAAUUAA